AAGCUUUGUCUCCCUCUCCAGGGUUUCAGGUUUCAUCCCUCCUCCUUAGUUCAGGAAAGAUUCUUCCUCUCAGUUCAGAGAUGCCUGCUGAAGAGAUUGAAGAGACUUCCAUGGGCAUGGUAAAGGCAGAAAUGUCUGCCCCAGACCACCUACCAGAGGGAGACAUGGGUAAAAAGCAUCAAGGAAAAUGUCUCAGAAUCAUCUCCACUGAGCCUCCUGUUAAGCUUUAUUGCUGCUAUGUAGUGAUCAUGGUUCUCACUGCAGCUGUAAUUGCACUUUCUGUUGCCUUGUCAGGAUUUAGAAGACCUUUAGAAGAACAGUGCCUUCCUUCUACUCAUUUAAAGGAUGAAAAAGCUGAAGUGAGAAAGGAAAAACAAGUCAUGUUGACCCCUGGAUCUUGCUAUGCGAACUGCCCAAAUGGCUGGAUUGGAUUUGGAAACAAAUGUUUUUAUUUUUCUGAAGAACAGAGAAACUGGACAGUCAGCCAGGCCUACUGUAGGGCACAGGCAGCUGAACUAGCUCGAUUUGACAGCCUGGAGGAGCUGAAUUUCCUCAAGAGAUGUGCAUCGUAUCCUCCCCACUGGAUUGGCUUGUAUAGAGAGUCAUUGCAACACCCUUGGAAGUGGACAGACAACACUGAAUAUAAUAAUUUGGAACGUGUUUUUGGAGGUGGCCUUAUAGGUACACUGUAUGACUAUAUAAUUGCCAAUGACUUCAGCUACUCAAGAGAAUAUUGGAUUUGUAACAAGUUCAACAGUCGUACUUUACACUACUCAAUGUCCAUUUUUCUUUAAUCUAAGGUAGGGAAAGUGUCAAAGCAUUUGUUAGAAAUCUAUUACAUGUUACCCAUGGUGAGUCUCCAUUUUUGAACUGCUAAUACCAGUAUACAAAAUCAAUUUGUAUUGUGUGAUAACAUCAAGGAUAAAAACUAUCUUAGAGUACAACCCUUAGAGGUGCUUGGGAGACCAUAGAUGAUUUUAAGUUAAAUAGGUGUUCAGGUAGAAGUUGGUACACGUAUCUGAAAGCUAAAGUACAAAAACAAUAUUAGUGACCUCUACUUUAUGUCCAAUUAUAAACAUUUGUCAUUACUUCCUCUUUUGAAGGCCUGGCACUUUAAGAAUUGAAGGGCAAGUGAAACCAUGUAAAUAUUUCAAUAAUCCCAGGAAAGAUAAUUUGUUAUUCCUUUGAAUAUUUUCUGGAACAUUCAACAUAUUUUACAAAAUUGAAUGACAAACAUAAAGGGAAAUCUAGAUGGGAUUAAAAUCAAUACCAUACAAACUAUAAUUGAGUUCAUUAUGAAUACUCUCAAAAUGUUUUUGGAAUAUUCUCAGUACAAUUUUUUAAUUACAAGUGAUCAAUAACUAUUACAAGUAAUGCCAUUUUACUUUAUCUAUUUAAUUUUUAAAAAUUCCAUAUUUAAGAGUGCCAUUUUAAUGUAUUUUUAUUUGACACUGAAGCAUCAUAAACAUUUGACUUCUAAUGUUAACAUAUUAUUGAGUUCUAAGUACAAAAUACUUAAGUUUUUGUUUGAUCUUUCACUGCACUGCACUGAUAAGUCCCCACAAGAACAAGAUUAUGGGUCACAAACAUCAGUUUAGUUAACAUUGUCUUUUGAUUUGUGCCUUUAAUCCCAAUGCCUGGGAGGCAGAGGUAGACAGAUUCUUGUGAGUUCAAGGUUUGGUGGCACACACCUUUUAUCCCAGCACUUGGGUGGCAUAGGCAGGUGGAUCUCUGUAAGUUCAAGGACAGUCCAGUUUACAGACUGAGUUCCAGGACAAAGAUACACAGAAACCAUGUCUCAAAAACCCAAAAAUUAAAAAUAAAAAAAAUAGAGUUUAAAAUAAAGCCGCAUAAAGAUGGAAAACACACAGAGAAUCUGCAUACUGUAUGUUAUUAUGCUCUCUUUAAAUUGUUUGAAUGCUGAGGAAGGAGCAACAGUUGCUAAAAUACAUUUGUUUGCAAAUGCUCCUGAACUAAUCCAAGAUAUGUAUUUUGAAAAUACCUUUACUACAACACUGAAGUCAAAAGGUGUGUUACUUUGGAGAAGAGGAUUUGAUUUUGUUUCCACAGGAAAUGAGAGGCCAUGGAUUCAUUCUGAGUUAAGAAAAAUCAUGUUUGAUAAAGGAAGACAAAUCUGAGAAAUCUCCAGUAGGAUCAGGUGGCCCAGAUGUCAGAGUUCUACAACCAGAACAGAUUCAAGACUGCUGCCUAAGAUGAUCAAGACUCACAGGAUAUUCCAGUCAGGACUUGGUCAUAACUCUAAAUUUUCUUUAGGUCCCCAUAAGA